AUGGGCUUGAGCUCCUCGUCGCGUGGUCUUGCCCACUCUGAUUCUCCACCUUUGGCCUACGGAAUAUGUCAUCCCGGCUCGGCCUUGUCGGUGUCGGACUUUUUGAAGUUUGGAUCCGCAUCGUCCCUGCGAGGAUUCCUUCAUCUCGACUUAGCUCCGCUGGUCUACGGGAUUGCACGUUUGGGUUCGACGCUCUUGGCCCUUGAUCCCAUCCAUCCGGGCUCGACUUUGCUUCUUCGAGGCCUUGCGAGGAUGGAGUUGACUUCACCCGCUUACGGCAUGUCGAGGUCAGGGCUGCUGUUGCCAACUCUGGACUCCAUGCAGCUUGGACUGUCGCUUCCACUACACAGCGCCAUCCGGCUCGAAUCCCCGCCAUCAGCCUACGGCCUGACACGGACGGGCCCCUCCCUGUCCUUGCUUGACUCUUUGUCCCCAGGCUUCACGUUGCUGUUGAGGUCUUUCGUUUGCCCAGGCCUCCUGACUCCAGUCUAUGGCAUGGUCUGCUUGGAGCCGCUCAUGUUCGUUGCCGACUUUGUCCAUUUAGGCCCGUCUCCAUCGCCGAGGACAUCUUCUCAGCCUGGGUUGGCGCUCUCUGUCUACGGCCUCGUUUGCCCCGGUCCCAGCCUGUCUGCGCUGGACGUUAUGAGUUUGGGCUCUGCUUUUUCUCCAAGUAGUUCUGCUUGUCCGGGACUUUUUCCGCUAGUGUACGGGCUGACAUGCAUGGGCUCCAGCCUUUUGGUGCUGGACUAUGUGCAGCCGGGUCUUCCGAUGCUGCUGCACAGCCACAUUUGCUUGGACCCUCCGUUGCCAGCCUACGGAUUGGUGUGCUUGGGCCCUACGCCACUAGUUUUGGACCUUGUCAACAUCGACUUGGCUCUACCGAUCCUGAGUCUUGCUCGCCUGGGAUUCUCCCUGCCGGCUUUCUCCAAGACUCGGCUUGAGAAAUCCUUGCCCGCCCUCGACUUUCUACACAUUGGCUUGCCAACAUCCCCUCAAAGCCUCAUUAGGACGGGCCCGUCGGCUUCAGCCUACGGUUUGUCCCGUUCGGGGCCAUUGCCUCCAGCGUCGGAUCCUGCACACUCGGGAAGCCCGCUGCUGCUCCAGAGCUACCUUUGGUCGGACCUUCCGAUUUCCAUCUUUGGGCUGUCAAAGCUGGGCUUUCCCAUGCCCGUGCUGGAUUUCACUCUGCUUGGGCCGACAACGCCGCUGCGAUCUCUUGCUCGCUUUGGCUCCUCUCCUUCACUCUUCGGUGUGAAUACACCGGGCCUGCUCAUGCCUGCGUCAGAUCAUGUCCAGCUCGGGCCAAGCGUGCCGGAAUCACCCACGCUCACUCCGGAUGUCAUCACCCUAGAUUUCUCGCUGCCUUUGCAGUCGCCCAUUCGAACUGAGCUUCCGCUGCUGCUUUAUGGAAUCGCGAAGCCAGGGCCCUUCUUGCCGGCGCUGGACCUCGUCAGUGCAGGGCUUGCAGCUUUGCCUCGAAGUUUCCUGCGACCCGGCUCCACCCCACCUGCAUCCGGGAUGACGAAGCUGGGCUCUUUGCUUUCAGUCCUGGACUAUGUUGGCUUGGGGUCCUUUCUGUUGCUGAGGGGCUCUCUUCAACCUGGUUUCAGCUUGUCUGCGUACGGCUUGGUCGGGCUUGGUUUGCUACCGCUUGCCUUGGACUUCGUCCACCCAGGCAUCGGAAGUACGACUUUGCUGAGAUCCUUCGUUCGCUUGGGCUUCUUGCUUCUGGUCUUCGGCCUGGCAUGCUCAGACCUCAUCCUGUCCGUGCUGGACUCCGUCCAACUUGACAGCACCAUGCCCUCGCACAGCUUCAUUUGCCUCGGGCUGGGAUCGUUAGCUUAUGGAUUGACGUGCUUGGACUUCCUUCCGCUGGCUCCUGAUUUCGUUCAUUUAGGCUUACCCAUGUCACCACGAGCCUGCGUUCAACUGGAGUCGAUGCUUUCAGCCUUUGGCAUGUCGGUGCUCGGGCCAUCAAUGCCAGUUUUGGAUUCCGUCCAGCUCGAUUCGCUGCUGUUGCUGCGCAGCUCUGCUCGCAUCGAACUGCCGCUGCUGCCUUAUGGCAUGGGACGACUCGGUUCCUCGAUGCCCGCUUUGGACUUUGUAUUUGCGGGCUUUUCGCCGUUCUUGCAAGGCCAUUGCCAACUAGGCUUGUUUAUGUCAACCUACGGCUUCAACCGUCUGGACUUGUCUACGUCAACUUCAGAUUAUCUGCACUCAGGUUUCUCCCUGCUUCUCAGGAGUCUCGUCCGAACUGGACCGUCUUUGUUUGUGUACGGCAUGCAGAGGCUGAGCCCCAUCCUGUUGGUUCCCGACCAUAUCACGGUAGGGCCCUCGCCGUCCCUACGUAUGCAUGCUAGAGUUGGACUGGCUUCGCCCGUUUACGGCAUCGUGCGUCCAGAUCUGCCUAUGCUGCCGUCGGACUUUGUGCACCUGGGACCAGGACCGUCUGUGCAAGGUCUUGCUCGGGCUGGCCCCGUUCCGCCUGUGUACGGACUGGUCUGUUUGGGCUCUUUCCCAUUUGUGCUAGACUUCGUCCACUUGGGCUCGCCGCCGCUUCUGCGGACCCUUGCAUGGAUGGGGCCUUCGAUGCCCCCUUCCGGCUGUGUGCGCUUGGGCUCUAGCCUGCUCUCGCCAGAUUCUGGCAGCUUUGGGCCGAUCCUGCCAAUUCACAGCUUCGCUAGGCUGGGCUCGCCUACGCCGGCAUACGGUGUGACCUGCUUCGAAUCCUCGACGUCUGCUUCGGACCUCAUCCAGUCCGAGCUGCUUGCAUCACUCCGAGCAUUUAUCUGCUUUGGCUUGGCGCCUCCGGCUUACGGCCUGACCUGUUUGGGCUCUUCGCCGUCAGUCGCCGACUUCGUCAACUCAGGCCUUUCAUCGUCGGUCUAUGGCAUGACAAGGCCCGGAAGCUUCUUGCUGGUGCUGGAUCUCAUCCAAACUGAGCCCUCGACGUCCUUGCAGGGGCUUGCAUGUCCUUUGCCUGAACCGGGCCGGCACUGCCUUUAUACGGCAUGGUUUGCCUCGCUUGGGCCAAUGACUCUGGCGCUGGAUCACGUGAUUGCGGGUCUGCUGCUGUUUUCGCGAACUCCGGCGUGCUCUGAUCUCUUAUUGCUGGUUUGGGGAAUGUCCACAUCGGGACUCUCACCACCUGCGCUUGAUCCUGUAGCUCUCGAUUCCCUACCGCUGCCGAGGGCGCUCUGCCGAUCAGGGUCUGCGAUGUUGGCUUACGGGAUGGUGCGGCCAGGUUUCUUGCCGCUGGCAUUGGAUUUUGUUCGCACUGGACCGAGCCUUCCUCCGAGGACAUCUGCUUGCAUUGGCUUCGCGCUCUUUGCCUAUGGCCUCACAUGGCCCGGCCCACCUUUGCCGGUGCUGGACUCUGCGAAUCCGGAGUCUUCCUUGUCGAUGCACUCCUCCGUCAAAAUGGGGCCCGUCCUUCUGGCUUACGGCUUGUCGCAGCUGGGCCUCAUUUUGCUUGUUUUGGACUUCGUCCAUUCGGACAGCAGUUUGUCACUGCGGGGCUUCUUCUGUACAGGCUUGUUGAUGCCAGCCUAUGGUAUGUCUUGCAUGGGCUUCUGCACGUUGGCGUCAGACUGUGUUCACCCUGGCCCGCCCAUGCCGCCUCGCUACCACGCACGUUUGGGCUCCACCCUUCCAGCCUUCGGAAUGGCCCGCUUGGGAUCUCUGAUAUCCAUCUUGGACCCCACAAACUUCGGGAGCUCUCCAUUGGCCAGGAGCCAUUUCUGCGUGGAGGCCUCCCUUCUUGCCUAUGGCAUGUCCUGGCUGGGCCUUCCCUCGUCUGCUUUGGACUCUAUCCGACCCGAGAGCCUUUUGCCUUUACACGGCCUCUGCAGGCUUGGUGCGUUUCUGUUGGCCUCUGGCAUGACAUGGCUCGGACCUCCGAUUCCUACUUCGGACCUCUUGCGUUUGGGCUUCCCCAUUCCCUUGAGAUCCAUGCUCUGCACAGGCUUCGGGCUGUCUGUCUCUGGGAUGGCACGUCCUGGCUCUUCGCCGCUUGUCCUCGACUUCAUUCAUCUGGAGUUUUCGACAUCAUUGCAGGCUUCUGCUCAGCUCGGAUCCCUUCUGUCUGCGGCCGGUCUGGCACGGUCGGGCCCAUCUCUGUCCACUUUAGACCUCCUUCAUUUGGGCUUCUCCUUGCUUCUCCGAGGCCAUGCCCGCACUGGCUUUGUUCUGCCGGCAUACGGCAUGACUAGGCUCGGCCUGCCCAUGCCUACUUCAGAUAUGUGUCACCUUGGCUUGCCCUUGCUACCCCGAUCGCUCAUCUGCCUUGAUGUUCCUGUGCCGGUCUAUGGCAUGGUUUGCAUGGGCCUCUUGUCGCCAGUCCCGGAUUUUGUGCAUCCAGGUUUCAGUUCGUCGCUUCGGCAUUCUGCACACUCCGGCCCGCCUCCUUUAACUUACGGCUUCAUGCAAGCAGAGUUUCCGCUCUCGACACUGGACCAUCUGUCGGUCGGCAGCCUCUUGCCGCUGAGAGGGCACAGCCAGCUAGGAUUCACGACUCUCGCCUACGGCAUGAGUCAGAUAGAGUCACUGUCGUCCACAUUGGACUCUGCAACUUUUGAGAGUGUCCUGUCUUCAAGGAGCUUCAUGUGCAUGGACGCUUCCUUCCCGGUGUCCGGGCUGUCGCGACCGGGCUUGAUGAUGUCAGCCUUGGAUCCCGCUCAGCUCGGCCCCGUUCCAUCCAUUCGUAGCCUUGCGCAGUCGGAACUGUUCCUAUUGGCCUAUGGCCUGGCCAGGUCUGGAAGCUUUCUGCCCGUCUUGGACCUCAUAAGCUCGGGCCCUUUGAUGCUUGUGCAAGGUUCCGUACGGCUUGAGCUACCUCCCUCAAUCUCUGGUUUGUCACAACCGGGACUGAGUACUCUGGCUUUGGAUUUCGCCUCCUUGGGCCUGUUCCUGUUCGUGCGAUCCCUCGUCAGGCUAGGGCCCAUGCUGCUUGCGCUUGACCUUGGUAGUGCUGGUGCUUUCUUGUCCAUUCAAACUUUUGUCCGGACGGGCUCCGUGUCGUUGGCCUACGGCACAUGUUGUAUGGACUCGAGCCUAUUUUUGCUGGACCCCGCGAGCCUGGACCCUACGCCUUCCUUGCACGGCCUCGCCUGCUGUGAGUCCAUGCUGCUGCCAUAUGGCAUGUCAUGCUCAGGCCUGUCUUUGUCGAUCCUGGAUUCCAUCCACACAGACAGCGUGUCAUCUUUGCAUGGACAUGUCCGCUUGGACUUCUCGCUGCCUGCAUUUGGAAUGACCCGGCUAGGAUUCAGUUUGUCCGCGUCAGAUUCUGCACAGAUGGGUCUGCCUCUGUUCCCUCGCGGGCACUUGCGCAUCGAACUUUCAGCUUCUGUCUCUGGUGUUGGACGUCCAGGCCUAUUGCUACUUGCACCGGAUCCCAUCCAUUUAGGGUCGGCGAUGCUUAUUCGCAGCUUCCUGCAAGCCGGACCUGUGCCAUCUGCCUAUGGCAUCGCCUGCUGUGGCCCACCUACGCCGACCUCGGACUUCGUCCACUCAGGCCCUCCGCUUUUGUUGAAGACUCUCGCUUGCGUUGGGUCGAUGCCUCUGCUCUACGGGAUGUCCCGGCCUGGCUCCGUCUCGUUUUCGCCGGACCGCGUGCACUCGGGGCCGCUCUCGUCCUUGCGAGCCUUCGCCAAAUCGGAGCUCCUGAUGUCGGCCUACGGAAUCUGCCGGCUGGCCUUCCCGCUGCCAGUGCUGGAUCCUGUGCAUCUAGACCCGCUGCUGUUGCCGCACAGAUUCCUUUUGCCACUGCCCGACUUCAUCACACCUGGGUCGAUGCUGUUGCUGCAGGCGCACGCUCGUCUCGGAUCCUCUUUGCUGGCAUACGGGAUGGCACAUCCAGAUUUCUCUUUGUCAGCGCCGGACCUCUGUCAGACUGAGCCGCCUCUUUCGGUGCAAAUGUUUGUGUGCCCUGGUUUCUUCACGUCGACCUCCGGCAUCGCCAGAUCGGAAUCGCUGUUGCCCGUGCUUGACAUGAUGUCUACUGGACCACUCCUGCCCUUGCAAGCCUCCAGCCGAACGGAAUUGUUCUUCAUCGUUUGUCCUGGCUCCUUGUCUCCGGUGCUUGAUCCCAUACACCCGGACUCAAGCAUGUCAUUACAGGGCUCUUUCUGCACAGGCCCUGUGCUGCUCACAUAUGGACUGGCACGGCUAGGCCUACCUCUGCUGAUUCCAGACUCCAUGCAAGCCGAGUUGCUGCUGCCAGUGCAGGGCCUCGUUCGGUCGGACCCAUCACUGCUGGCUUAUGGAAUGUGUUGUCCAGGCUUUGCCAUGUCAAUCUCAGACUGCGUUCGGCCGGGAUUGCUGCUGCUUCUCCAGGCGUUCGCAUGCUUUGGCCUCCUGCUGUCGGCAUUCGGCGUAAGCAAGUUGGAAGCACUGCUGCCCGCGCCUGACCACAUACAACCAGAGCUGAGCAUUUCUUUGCGGGGCCACUGUCACACGGGUUUCCUAACGUCUGCUUACGGUGUGUGCAAGCUCGGCUCCCCAAUUCCGGUGCUGGACUCCUUGCAGCCAGGGCCCUUCCCACCUGCCCGCGGCCUGCUUCGACCAGAAGUGCCACUCCUGGCCUACGGCCUGACGUGCUUAGGGCCUCUGCCACCAGCUUUCCUGUUCGUACUUGACUAUGCUGGCUCGGGAUUUAUGCUUCCGUUGCGCGGGUUUGUGUGCACGGAUUCGGCACCAUUGGCAUUCGGAAUGACGUGCCUUGGCAGCUCCAUGCCGUCGCCUGACCUUCUGCAUCCGGGCUUCCUGGCUUCUUUGCGCAGCUUCGUACAUGUGGAGCUCUCGUCAUCUCUGUUCGGUAUGGUGUGCCCAGACUUGGUGCCUUCGAUUCUGGACCCGGCGCACCCAGGCUUGUCCUUGCUCCUGCAAACGCCCGCACAGCUUGGCCCCAGCUUGUUUGCAUAUGGCAUCUUCCGGCCUGGUCUUACCAUGCCGGCACCGGAUUUUCUCCACCUGGGCUUGACGUCUCUUCCAAGAGCCCAUGCUAGAUCAGGAGCUUUGCCGUCCGCUUAUGGAAUGGCCAGGACGGGCUCCCUACUUUUGGCUGUGGACUUCGCCAACCUCGGAGCGGCCUCGCUUUUGCGAUCCUUCUUUCGACUGGGCUUCCCGACGUUCGCUUAUGGCCUGACGAGGCCCGGGCCUCCCAUGCCCACACCUGACAUGACAGCAUCAGGCCCAAGCUUGUCCUUGCAGUCCUUCCUUUGUCUCGACUUGUUGCUGCCUGCGUACGGAUUGACCCGCAUGGGCCUCCCAUUGCUUGUGCUGGAUCCCGUUCACAUUGGCCUCGCACUGUUGGCCAGGGGUUUCGCGUGCUCCGGGCCGGCCCUUCCAACCUUCGGCAUCACUCGCCUGGGCUUUCCCUUGCUGGCGUCAGAUGUGACGAGUUUGGGAAGCUCCACGUCCUUGCAGGGCUUUCUGCGCCUGGGUUUGGUACUGCUUCUUUACGGACUUAGCCGACCCGAGCUUCCACUCUCAGUUCCAGACUACGCUGCUGCUGGCUUCCCUCUUUCGCCCCGCUCCCUCGUUUGCUGUGGCUUCACUUCACUCGGCCUGUUCAUGUCCACCUACGGCUUUGCAUGUGUGGGGCUUUUCCUGUCAGCCCUGGAUCUCGUCUCAGCAGGUCCUCUCCCGCCAAUCCAAAGUCUUGUGAGACUCGACCCAUCGCUGUUGGCGUCCGGCAUGUCAAAGCCUGAUUCCCCUCUACCAACAUUGGAUCCCGUUCACCUUGGCGCAUUGCUGUUUGUGCAAACACAUGCACGCCCGGAAGUGCUCCUGCCUGUGUAUGGCUUGACGCGCUUGGAGCCGACCCUUCUGGUACCGGACUUCAUCCACACUGACUUGCCUUUGCCGCUUCAUAGCAUGAUCUGCCUGGGCAGCCCGCCCUUUGCAUACGGCAUUGCUUGUCUCGGGUUGCCUCUGCUUGCCUUGGACUUUGUGGGAGCCGGCCUGUCUCCCUCCUCACGCAGUUCCUGUCAACCGGACUUGACGACUUCUAUCUACGGCUUUUCGACACCUGGCCUGCCACCGCUCGUUCCAGACUUCCUGUGCUCAGAAUCGGUGAUGCCUCUCCAUGGCUUCUUACGCUUGGAGCCAUCGAUGCCUGCAUAUGGGAUGAGCGCAUCAGGAUUGUCACUGCCUGUCCUUGACUUCGUGAGCGCAGAGUCAUCUCUUCUUUUGCAGACGUAUUUGCAUAUGGAGCUGUCGUCGUUUGCCUACGGGCUGAAUCGCUUGGACUUGCCCUUGUUUCUAUCGGACUCCGCGCAUCUCGGCUUUCCACCGCCCAUUCGUGGACUUGCCUGCUUGGGGUUCCUCCCGUUUACGUAUGGCCUGACGUGCCUUGAAUUGUUGCUGUUGGUGUUGGACAUGGCGCAUUUUGAGCUGCCGACGUCGGCUCGGGCUUUCGCCCGCCUGGACUCCUUGACGCCCGCCUUCGGCAUCGCGCGCUUGGGCUCGAGCUUGCCUGCGCUGGAUUCUGUCUGCCUGGACAGCACGCCCUCUUCGCGAUCAUCUGUCUGGAUUGGAUCUGUGCUGUUUGCAUACGGGCUUACGUGGCCAGGUCCUUUUGCACCGAUCUUGGAUUAUGUGCAGAUGGGGCUCCUCAUGUCCUUGCAGGCGUCUGCCCGGACUGGCCUUAUUCCUUCUACCUCCGGCGUUUCCAGACCGGCAAGUUCGCCAUCUGCGCUCGACCUUUGCAACUCUGGCUCAAUGACGUUGCUGCGCAGCCUCGCGUGGGCAGGCCUGCUGCUGUUGGCAUAUGGCUUAUGUCGAGUAGGUUUCCCGUCGCUCGCGCUUGACUUUGCCCAUCUAGACCCGUUGCCGCCACCGAAGUCGAUGUCCCGCUUGGAGCCGACGCCUCUAGUUUACGGCUUAACAUGCUUGGGCUCAUUUUUGCUUUUGCCAGACCAUGCUCACCUUGGAAGUGCAACGUUCCUGCGCGGCCACACACGUUUGGGGCCGAGCUUGCUGGCCUAUGGGGUGGUGCGCAUGGAGCUCCCGCUGCUCGCUUCGGACCCCAUAAAUCCUGGCUCGCCUAUGCCGCUGCAUAGCUUCGUCUGGCUGGGAUCUUCCAUCCUGGUCUACGGCGCCAGUCGCCCCGGUAGCUUUUCGCCAGUGCUGGACUCCGUCCACACCGAUCCGUCUCUGCCCUUGCAAUCUCUUGCGCAGCUUGGAGCAUCGCUGCUCACCUCCGGCUUAGUCUGCCUUGAAGUGUCGUUGCUGGCAUCAGAUUUCGCGCAGUGUGGGCCGCUGAUGUCUCUGAGGAGCCUUUUGCGACUGGGUCCGGUGAUGCUUGCCUUCGGCUUCUCCACCCUGGAUUCGACCCUUCUGGUGUUGGAUUUCGUGUCCACUGGCCUGACCACAUCGCUGCAGUCGCCCAUGCGGCUUGGUCCAUCUUUGCUCGUCUAUGGCUUGUCCUGGACAGGCUCCAGCCUGCCUGUGCCCGAUCUCGUUAACCCCGGCCUUCCAACGUCUGCGAGGGCUUCCUGCUACUUUGGCUCCUCGCUCCUGGCGUAUGGCCUGUUGCGGCCUGGGCCUUCGCCCUUGACCUUAGACAUGAUGGGCACAGAGCUUAUGUUGUCCUUGCACAGUCUCGCGUGCAUGGGGCUUGCCUUGCCGGUCUACGGCGUUUCUUGCCCAGACCUGUCGUUGCUUGCACCUGAUCCAGUUGCCUCUGGCUCGCCUUCACUGCUGCAGGCGCCCAUGUGUCCGGGCCCGACGACCUUCGCCUCUGGCUUGUCGAGGUCGGGAUCUUUGCCUUCUGCGUCAGACCGUGCUUGCACAGGGCCACUGCUGCUUUCGCGCGGCUUCUUUCACCUGGACCCUUCGACGCCGACUUACGGCAUGGGCUGGCUGGACUCCUCGACGUUGACUCUGGACCUCGUAAACAUCGGCUUCGUGCUUUUGAUGCGAGCCUUUCUCCACUUGGAUGCAAGCUCAUCGGUGUACGGACUUUCAAACCCGGGAUUUUUGCUGCUAGUGCCUGACUUCGUCAACCCUGGUAGCGCCUUGCCCUUGCAAUCGCUGGCUCGUUGUGGCCCCUCCACCUCUGCCUAUGGUUUGGCUCGGCUCGGCUUCUUGGUUCCAAUGUCAGACUCCAUGAGCGUGGAAGCGCCCAUGUUGCCGCGCACGUUUACUCGUGUGGACUCUCCGCUCUUAGCGUAUGGACUGGUCAGUUCAGAAAGCUUGCUGCUCGUUACUGACUCCCUUCAGGUCGGAUCUCCGUCGGUGUUGAAGACGCUUGCAUGGUCAGGCUUGGUGCCUUCUGCAUAUGGUCUGGUCUGUCCGGGCCUGUUUUUGUUGAUGCUGGAUUUUGCCACCUUGGGCUCAUCGCUGCUUGUGCAAACCUUCUGCUGCCUCGGGUUUGUGAUUCCGACGUAUGGUGUGAGCCGCUCGGGAUUGCCAUCGUCGGCUUCGGACUCUGUGCAUACAGACAGCGUGCUGUCGGUGCGAAGCUUCGGUUGCUCUGGCCUCCCUCCUCUGGCUUUUGGAGUGACCCGACCAGCAUCCUCUUCGCUGGUCUCGGACUUUAUGCACUCGGAAUCGAGCUUGUUUCUAAGGUCUCCCGUGUGCAUGGGCUCCCUGCUUUCGGCCUAUGGCCUGGCGCGAACAGGUCUUUCACUAUCUGCCCUUGACCUCAUCCAUGCUGGCCUUCUCCUGCUUGCUCGUGUCUUCACGCGACCUGAACCGAUCCCUUCGGUCUUUGGCAUGUCCAGGUUAGAGCCACUGAUGUUGGCGUUGGACUUUAUCCAUCUAGGCUCUCCCACGUCACUGCAAACUUUCUGCAGGAUCGAUCUGUUCUCGUCUGCCUACGGCACAGCACGGCUCGGAUCGCCGCCGCUGGUGCCGGACCUUGUGCAUUUAGAACUUUCCAUGCUUUUGCACAGCUCUGCGCACACGGGCCCUCCCUUGCUACUCUAUGGCUUGGCCUGUCUUGAACUGCUGUCAUUGGCCCUGGAUUUCAUAAACUCGGGUUCCCCACCAUUCCUCCGGACACUUUCUCGGCUGGGUGUCUUGCCGCCCGUCUACGGCAUGGUCUGGUUGGGCUCGACGACGCCCCUGCCCGACCUUGCAACGACUGGGCCAGCCUUGCCAGCCAGACAUAUGGUUUGCUCUGGCAGUCUUCCUUCAGCCUUCGGCAUGCUCCGCUUUGGGCCACCAUCCUCGGCUCCAGACAGUGAGACCACGGGAUCGCCACCACCCACGCGAAGCUUCGCAAGACCGGAGCCGCCACUGCCAGCACAGGGCACGGGCUGCUCCGAUGUGCCACUGCUCGUCCUUGAUUCCUCGGACUCCGGAUUUUUGCUGUUCAUGAGAUCUCUCGGUACCUUGGAAGCCCCAGCCCCAGCCUCUGGCUUAGGUUGCUUUGGCUCGUCACUGUCUGCCUCCGACCACUUGCAGAUCGGGUCGGUCUCGCUGCUGAGAAGUCGUGCAUGCUUGGGGUUCAGUGCAUCGACCUCUGGCCAAGGCUGUUUUGGCUUACCGCCCUUGAUUUUGGACUUCCUGCAACCAGCACCGCUGCAGUCACUUCGAAGCCUUGCGCGGGGAGGACUGUCGUUUCCUGCCUUUGGAAGCAUUCGCCUCGGCUUGCCAUCUUUGCUGCUUGAUGGGCAGCAGACAGGCCCCUCCGCUCUCUUGAGAGGCUUUGCGCGACUUGGGAGUUCGAUCCCAUCAUCUGGCGCAGCCCGAUCCGGACCAUCUCUUUCCAUUUUGGAUUACUCAACCCCUGAUCCAUUCCCGUCCCUUCGUUGUAAUGCCUGCCCAGACUUCUUAGUGCCGCUGUCUGGGGAACUGAGAAUGGAACUGAGUAUGCCUGCGCUAGAUUGCAUGCAUGUAGGCAUGCUGCUGGCGGCGAAGGCUCUUGCCAGGCUUGAUUUCGUUCUGUUUGCGUUCGGUUUGUCUCGGUUUGACUCUUCAGUUCCUGUGCCCGACUUCAGUCACUUCGGAAGCACGAUGCCGGUGAGGAGUGUUGGCCGAAUUGGCUUCGUUUCAUCGGUGUUCGGACUGGCGUGCUACGGUUCCUCGGCUUUGGCAUCCGACCGUGCGCACAUGGAGCUUCCUCUGUCAGUUCGCAGCAUGGGACGACCAGGGCCAAGUUUGAUGGCCUUCGGAAUCGGUUGUCUCGACUUGUUUGUUUUUGUCUUGGAUGUCGCUGAGAUGGAGUUUGCGCUGCUUUUGCAUAGCUUCGGGUGUCCAGAUUUCUUGCUUUCCGUAUUUGGCUUAGGCUGCUGCGACUCUUCGUCCUCAGCCUCUGACUUUUCGCUCUUCGAUUCGAUACUGUCUGUGCGAGGUUUUGCACACAUGGACCUGUCCUCGUCACUUUACGGAAUGGUGUGUCUGGGAGCUAGCCUGCUGGCCUUGGAUUCUAUCAGCGGUGGCUUGGCACCGUUUUUGCACAGCUUCGCUCUUCUUGGCUCGUCCUCUCUUGCUUCCGGCAUGACUCGAUCUGGAUUCCCUAUAUCACUUUUUGACUACUUGUCGCCUGGUCCGCUGCUGCUCCCACAGGGAUUUGGGCAACCGGGCGCCUUCAUGUUGGCGUGGAGCUGUGCAAGGUCCGGAUCACUGGCACUGUUGUCCGACUACUUGCGAUCGGGCCCGCCCAUGUCCCCCCGAAACCAUAUCCGAUGUGGCAGCGUGAUGUUGACGUCUGGCAUGGCAAGAUCGGAGGCGCUAAUGUUCGCAUCGGAUUGUGAGCAUGCAGACUCCUCCAUGCCUUUCCGCAGUCACUCACACCCUGGUUUCGCCUUGCUGGCCUCAGGUCGUCUCAGCUUCGGGUUGUGCCUCUCUGUUUUGGAUAUGGCCACCCCUGGUUCCUCGCCACCGCUGCGAUCUUUGGCGUGCCUAGAGCCAGCGCUGCUACUACUGGACCCUGUAGCUCCCGGACCCUUGCCUUCGCUGCGAAAUCUCGCAAGGCCAGGCUCUGCGAUGUCCGUGGUAUCGGUGGUGCGCUUUGGCCCGCCAACCUUCGUUCCGGACUAUGUGCUCAUUGGCUUGAGCGUGUCCCUGCGCGACCUCGCCCGCUUAGAAGCUUCCCUUCUCAUCUUUAGUGCUGUGAAGGCCGAGCCGCUGUUGUUCCCAUUGGACUUCAGCCAUUUCGGACCGACGUCUCCGGCUAGGAGCCCUGGAUGCACGGGUGCUGCCUUGUCAGCUUCCGGAAUGGCCUGCUUUGGAUCUUCCCUGCCGGCCUCUGACCUGGUCCAUGGAGGCCUAUCACUGCCAUUGCGAAGCCUCGUAAGACUUGACCCGGCCUCUUCCACUUUUGGGGUGACGCACCUGGGGGUUCUUAUGUUGGCCUCUGACCACACCGAGCCGGGGUUGCUGCUAUUCCUUCGAUCGCUUGCUUACCUGGGCUUCCUUCCACCCCUUUUUGGGCAAGCUUGUUCUGGAUCCCUCAUGUUCGCGUCGGAUCUCGCCCACCAUGGCCCAGCGCCUUCCUCGCAAAGCCUCGUGAGGUCAGGCGCAACAACAUCCACCUCCGGCGCCACGUGCUUCGAGACACCCGUGCUGGUUAUGGACUCCACCUCACCGGGGCUGACAUCUUUGGUGCAAAGCGCCGCACUCAUGGAGAGCUCGCCUCCUGCAUUUGGCAUUGCGUGCUCCGGGCUCUUAGCAUCUUCGCCUGAUUACCUUAAUCCCGAGCCGACAACGUCAGCACACAGUGUGGCUUGGUUUGGUUUCACCGCGCCGGUAAUGAGCAGGGUAAGCUUGGGCUCCCCUCUCUUGGUGCUUGACUUCGCGUAUUUUGGCAGCCUCAUGUUGGUGAGGUCUUGCUGCAGAUUUGGUCCGGUUUCUUCAGCCUCAAGCUGUGGUCGCUUUGACUUCUCUCCGCCUGUGCUUGACCUUCUGCACCCCGGCGCCUUCCUGCCACUGCGAUCUGCGGGACAUCCAGGAUCCACGUUGCUGGCCAUGUCUGCGGCGCGCUUCGGCUUGACGUCAAGCUUACUGGAUGCUUUCAGCGCAGAGCCCUCGCCAACUACCCGGUCCUUUGGCCAUCCUGACUUUGCCUCGACGGUUAUGGGCGUGGCACGCGCUGGGCUCUUGCCUUUAGCUCUGGAUUUCGUGCAGCUCGAGUUGCCUUUGCUUUUGCAGUCUCUUGGCCGGCCAGGGCCUGCUCUGCCUGUCUUGGAUCUUUUGCAUUUGGCACCUGGCAUGACCCGCGUGGCCUCGUUGAUGCCGCCUUCGGACCUCGCCAUCACCGGCCUGCCUCUGCUUGCACGAAGCACGGCACAACCCGGUUUGGCCUCGUCCGUCUUGGACUUCUUGGUCCCGGGCUCUUCUUCGCUGGUCCGAAGCUUUGCCUGUUCAGAGCUGCCCUUCUCUGCCUUCAGCGGCACGCGCUGCGGAUCCUCCGCUUCGGCCUCGGACUCCACGUCUCUGGGCUCCUCCCCGCUUCAGCGGAGUCGCGUGCGUCCGGGGCUUGCGAUGCUCCUCUUCGGCUGCGCUUGUGCUGGCCUUUCAGCGUCCGUGCUUGAUCCCUUGCAUUCGGACCCGUCAGUGGUGCUGCGGUCCUUUGCCCAACCAGGUCUGGGCUUCUCAGUGUUCAGCGGGGUUAGCCUGGAUGCUUCGCUCUUUGCUUUGGAUUCCGUGGACCCUGAUCCGCCUCUGCCACUGCACAGCCCUGCAUGUGCCGGAUUGCCUGCCUCCGUCCUAGAUUUUUUGCAGAUGGGACCUUUCAUGUUCAUUCGAAGUCUCAGCUGCCUGGGCCUCGCGGUGCCCGUGUUGGACUCCCUGCAUCUCGGGCCACCGCCUUUUGCCCGUCGUCUCGCGAGAUCUGGUUCGACAGUUUUGCCCCAAAGCCUCGCACGAACAGAGUCGGCCUUUCCUGUCUUUGCCCCGAUCCGAAUGGGCCUUUCACCCUUUGUUCCUGACCACACUCACCUGGGUCCGGUCCCGUCGACCCGCAGCCCCAGCCACCUCGGCCCUCCCACCUCCGUGCCGGAUUCCCUGCGUCUGGGCAGUGCCAUGCUGCUGCGAUCCUUCGGCUGCGUGGGCCUCUUCUCGUCUCUAUCUGGCCUCGGUUGCGUGGGGUUGCCGUUGCUCGUUUUGGAUCUCGUCGACGUAGGGUCAGGCUCCUCCGUGUGGAGUGCUGCACGCUUGGGGCUGGUGAUUUCUACUUGUGACUACCUCCACCUGGGCUCUUUUCCGUCUCUCCGGAGCCUGGCACGCUUCGGUUUCAUCGUGCCGAUUUCGGAUUUGCUGCAGCUUGGCCCAUCAACGUUGCUGCGGUCCUAUGCUCGCCUCGAUUUGGCCUCGUCGGCCUCGAGCAAGACGCGGCCGGGCUCGCUAUUAUCGGUGCCUGACUGCAUUCAGACAGGCCCUUUGAUGUCCAUCCGUAGCUUUGCAUGCUUGGGAGUCUCUCCAUCUGUCCUCGAGUCUGUUAGGUCCGAUCCUUCUCUGUCCUCGAGAGGCUACGCUCGCUGUGGCUCGACUGUUCCAGCUUCCGACGCGGCACGCUUCGAGCUACUCCUGCUCAUCCUCGACUCCGCACAGCUGGAUGUAUUACCGUCGCUCCGAAGUACAGGAUGCUUGGGCUUUGCGGUGCUGACUAUGGGGAUGAGCUGCUUGGGAUUAGUGUUGCUUGCGUCAGAUUUCAGCACUCUAGGAGUGUCGAUGCUUGCACAAAGCUUUGUGCAGCUGGGCCCCGCUACGUUAGUCCUUGAUUUUGUUCGACCGGAGUCGAGCUCAUCAGCACGUGGGCAUACUCGCCUCGGUUUUAUUAUGUCGCCGUUCAGCAGAUCCAACCCGGAACUGAUCUUGUCCGUCUCGGAUGUCUCCGAAUUUGACUCCACCUUUCCGGCACGCAGCGCGGCACGUGCUGGCUUGGCCUUGUCUUUGUCCGGUUGUGCAAGGUUCGGGCCCCUUGCUUCAGCUCCAGACCAUGUGACUACCGGACCACCGGUCUUGGUUCGAAGCUUUGCAAGAUCGGGCCUCGUGAUGCUUCCGCUUGACCUUUUCCGCCUCGGAUUGCUCACGCCGAUAUCCUGCGCUUGGCUUGGCCUCUUCCCUCCUACACCGGAUUCUGCAUAUCUUGGCUUGAUGCUGCCUCUGAAGGGCACGUCGUACCUGGACUCUGCUCUUCUGGCAUUCAGCAGGAGUCGAUUGGGACUUUCGCCACUGGUUUUGGACCCCCUUCGUUCAGAGUCGAUCACGUCUCUGCAAAGCCUCGGUCGCUUUGGUUUGGCAGUUCCAGUCUUCAAGGCCGCAUCGCCUGGGCCGACGCUCUCUGUCUCCGAUUGCACGGAGCUUGAGUCGGCAGUCUCUUUGAAGUCUUCUGCAUACCUGGGCUCUGCUUUCCCACUUUUUGGAGCAAUGACUUUGGGCCCGGCGCCUUUGAUUCCAGAUGUUACAGAACUAGGCAGCACACCACCUCCACGCUCCUGUGCACGUCCGGGCCUCGCGCUGUCCCUCUUCAGCUGCACUCGUUCUGAGUUCUUGGCCUCAGUCUCUGACUUUCUGCAUCUUGGAUCUCUGCUUUCGCCUCAUUCCCUUGGCCGCACGGGGCUUUCGGUCCCGAUGUUUGGCACCGCCUGCUCGGAGUCGGCUGCGCUGACUCCUGACACAUCCCUUCUAGAGUCUGCCACGUUGCUCCGAUCUGCUGCUCACCUGGGCUUCCUGCUUCUUGCUUCUGACAGAGUGAAGUUGGGCUCCCUUCUGCCAACGCUGGACUUUGCAGAACUCGGCUCUGCUGCAUUUCUUCGAGGUCACGGGCGUAUGGGCUCGGGACCUUUGGCCUUCGCCUUCGCGCGUUCGGGCUCGAUGCUUCCGGUGCCAGAUGUGGCGGAGCCGGGCUUGGUUUCGUCGGUUCGAGGCUUCCAGAGGCUGGGGUUUUCGAUGCCGACUUGCAGCUGCGGUCGUUUGGAGUCCUCCGCUUCGACCUUGGACUUCGCUCAUCUCGGCUCCACCCUCUCCGUUCGCGCCAUGGGGCGUCUGGGCUUCGCUUUCUCGGUGUCUGGCGUGGCUGCGUCUGGCUUCUUCAUAUCAGCACCCGACCUCCUGGAGCCGGGGCCACCUCCUUUUGUUCGAAGCCUCGGGCGAACGGAGCUGGCGGUAUCCACAUCUGGCUUCUGCAGAGCGGGUUCCUUCAUAUCAGUGUUUGACAGUGCUCACUCUGGAUCGAUCCCGCCAUCGCAAAGCUACGCUACCUCAGGGUUUCUGAUGCCCGUAUUCGGCCUCUCCAGACCGGGCUUCUUCACGGUCGUCUCUGACACGAGCUUCUUUGGGUCGACUCCAGCGCUGCGCAGCACUGCCCAGCCUGGCAGUACGAUGCCGGCAUCCAGCUUCGCAAGCUUUGGAUCUCUCCUUCUUGUGUUGGACUGUGCAGAGAUGGGCUCUGGGUUGUUGGCAAGGAGCAUGGCGCAGCCUGGGUCCGCAUUUCUGGCCUUCCGCUCUGUGACCUUUGGCUUUCUCACGUCGAUCCUGGACUCCACGCACUCUGGCUCCACCUUCCCAGUCGACUUCUCUCCCUUGGUGCGCUCCUCCGGAUUGCUUGAAUCCUCAUUGUCGGCCUCUUCUGCAGCGAGACUAGAGCUGUUCUUGCCGGUGCCAGAUCAUGUAAACCUGGGCCUAGCACUUUUCCUGCACAGCAUGGCCCGGCUCGGCCUUUUGCUCUUGGCGUCGGAUUGCGCAAAGCCGGGGUCUCCGCUACUUCCGAGAAGCAUGGCCCGGCCGGGCGUGGCCUUUGCAGCCUUCUCCAUGUCGCGCUUGGAGCCGAUCUUGACCGCCUCUGACAUGACUGCUCCAGGGCCUACACUCCUGGUGAGGGCCGCUGCAAGGCUUGGGCCAACGUUCUCAGUUUCCGGCUGGGCACGGACGGGCUCCAACUCGGCCGUUCAGGCCUUUGCGAAGCUCGGCAGCACCUUGCCGGUUAUCGGUCGGACACACUUUGGCAUGUCGCCCUCGGUGUUGGACUUCGCACAUCUCGGGUCGGCACCGCUUCCGCGGUCCUUUGCGCGAUGUGACCUCGCGCUGUCCGCUUUGGACUUGCUUGCAACCGGUUCGCCUCUGCUGGCCAGGACGUCUACCCAGCUGGGUCCAUUGCUGUCGGCCUCCAGUCGGGUUGCUCCGGGAUCCCCGACCUCGGCUUCGGACCUUCUGCACACGGACCUCACGGUGCCGUCAAGGAGCUGCGGUUGUCCAGGCUCUGCAGCGCUGACGUGGGGUCGUGCAAGAUCCGGUCUGCCUGUUUCGGCCUUUGACUUUUUGCAACUGGGCUUCUCCGCUUCUUUGCAGUCCAUGGGCAGGAUGGGACCCUUCCUGUCUGUUUUGUCCAGGGUUCACUCUGGCUUCCUCCUGCUCGUUACGGAUUCCGUUGUUCCGGGUAGCUCGCCUUCGCUGCAGUCCCUCUCCUGGCCAGGCUUCAUGGCUGCUGCGUCGGACUUUGCCAGGUCUGACCUCACCUUGCUGAUCCGGAGCAUGUGCUGCCUGGGCUUCACGCUUCCGGCGUUCGGGAAGACCUGGUCCGGCCCGUUCAUGUCCAUUUUGGACUCCUUGCAUCUCGAACUGGCUGUAUCUUCCCAAGGACAUACUCGCUUCGGGCUUGUUCCGUCGGUCUCCAGAGCCACACGACUGGGUUUCUUGUCGGUGACACCGGACUGUGCAACUCCAGAAGCUGUCCUGGCAUCACGAUCCUUCGCUCGACUUGGUCUUGUCCUGCUCCUGAUAACUAUGGCCAGGUUUGGCUCUUCCCUCCCGGUGUCUGACUUCCUCCAUUUAGAGUUUCUGCUGCCUACGAGAAGCUUCGCACACACCGGUCUUGCCGUCUCGGCUGUCAGCCGUGUCCGACUUGGCCCAUCACCGCCGGUCCCGGACCUUCUGACCUCGGGCAGCUCUUUGCUUCUGCGAACUUUCUCGCGCUCGGAGCUGCCGACCUUGGUGCCCGAUUUCGUCGGGCCGGGCUUUCCGAUGCCCGUAAGGGCAGUUGCUUGCCUGGAGCCAUCCUUGCCCGCUAUCUCAACGACUCGCCUUGGUCCGAGCCUGCCCUUGCUGGACCACGCAACAGCGCUGACUUCAGAUUUCGUGGAGUUGGACUCGGCCUUGCCGAUCCGCAGCUUCGUUAAGCCGGGCUUCAGCCUGUCAACUCUGGACUUUACCGAGCCGGGCUCGCUGGACUCAUUUUUGUCCGCACCUGAUCUUGUGAAUCUGGACUUGUCGCAUGCUCACUUCGGUCCAAUGACGUCCGCUGCUGGCAAGGUGCAAGUUGGACUUUUCCUGCUUGCUUUGGAUUUCUUGCAUCUCGACUUCUCGCCGUCCUUGCACAGCCUCGUGCAGCCUGGAUUUCCCUUGUCUUAUCUGGACUUUUCAGAGUCGGGAUCGCUUGUGUCACCUCGUAGUCAUACAAGACUGGGCCUUCUGAUGCUACCAUCGAGUGCCUCGCGACUCGAAGUCCCAUCGUUGCUACCGGAUCCUGCAGCACUUGACGCACCUGUGUCCGUUCACAGUUUUUCCUGUCCGGAGGCCGCCGCCUUUGUGCCUAGCCUUAGCCACUCAGGAUUGUCGCCUCCUCUCCAGACCCUUGCUCAUUCAGAUCUCGUGUUGCUGGUGCCGAGUGUAUCUCGGUCAGAAGCGUCCCCUCUCGUGCUGGAUUUCGCGGUUCUUGGCUUCCCGCCUCCACCAAGAGGGCCUGCUCGCCCGGGACCGGUGAUGCUGAUGCUGGAUCUUGCAGAGACAGAGCCACUUUUGCUUUUGCGAAGUCACUCCCGCCCCGACCUCACGAUGCCCGCCAUUGGCUUGGCCAGGCCUGGAUCGACGCCCUCUCCACUGGACUCUGUGAACAUGGGACCCUCCAUGUUGGUUCGACAGAUGGUGCGGCUCGGGUCGUUUGCAUCAGCAUGCAGGAUGGCUUGGAUGGGCUUCAGCUCUUCAGUGCUUGACUUUGGCAACCCAGGCACCUCAUUGCUGGUUCAAAGCUCAGCGCACUCAGACUUUGCAUCCUCUGCCGUCGGAGUUCUGAAGAUCGACUUUGCCAUGCCAGCAUCGGACAAUGUGCUGACUGAGUCGUUCCCUCCGGUCCGAGAGUUGGUUCGAUCAGAUUCUUCCACCUUGGUUCUGGGACUGGCUCGCCUGGGCGCAUCGCAUGCUUGGGUGGGAGUGGCACUACCCGCUUCUGGCUUGGGCCAGUUUGGUGUUUCGCCUUCAGCCCUGGACUUUCUACACUCAGAUCUGAUGUUGUUUGCGAGAUCAAUGGCUCAUCCCGGGCCGUCCUUCCCUGCGGUGAACAGGGCUCGUUUUGACAGCUCUCUGCCGGCCUCAGACUUUGUAGAAUCCGGAGCUUUUGCACUGAUUCGGAGUUUGGCUCACUCGGGCCUAACCUUGCCUCUCUUGGGAAGAGUGCACCUUGGUUUCACAACGCUGAUCGUGGACUACGCAUUUUCGGGCUCGGCGCCUCCGGCCCGCUCCUUUGCACAACCAGGUCUUCCCUUCUUGGCAUUGAGCACCGCAAGGCCUGAAUUCUUGCCUCUUGUGCCGGACUUUGUGGUAUCGGACGCCUCCCUCUUCUUGAGAAGCUCUUCUUGUUUGGGCUUGAACCCCUUGGCCUCGGACUUCGCCCGUCCCGGCCUUUCCUCGUCCUUGCGGUCCCGUGCUCGUUUGGGGCUCACGCCGCCGUCGUCCGGCCUUGGCAGGUCCGGCUCCUCGACGUCUGCUUCGGACUCUUUGAGGUUGGGUUCGCCGCUGUUGCCACAAUCCCCCGCGCACGCGGCGUUCUCGCUCUUGGCCUCUGGAAAAAGCCAAUCCGGCCCUCCAACGUCCGUGCCGGAUCAUCUGGGACUAGAAUCCCCGAUGCUCCCUCAAAACCCUGCUUGCUGUGGGUCAUUCCCAUCGGCGAUGAGCUGCUCGCGGUCCGAAGCUUCAGCUUCCAUCUUGGAUUGUUUACACCCCGGCUCAUCAAUGUUUCUCCAAAGUUUCUGUUGUUCGGGUUUCGCCUUGGCAGUGCUUGACUUAGCUGUCUUUGGCUCUUCGCUGUCCGUGCGCUCCUUCGCUUGCCUCGGCACAAUGCCGUUGACCUCGGACUUUGCGCAGCUCGAGCUGUCGGCGUCAACGCGAGCCGCGACCCGGAUGGAGCUUUCGAUGUUUGCGUUUGGGAGAUCCUGCUCGGAGCUCACGCUGCUGGCCUUGGACUUUGUGUGCUCUGGUCUGAACUUGUUUCUGCAAAGCCCAGCCUGUCUCGAAUCCUCGGUGCCGGCGUGCAAUUAUGCAAGACCGGGGCCAAGCAUGUCCUUGAGAAGUAUGGUCCAACCUGGAUUGUUGCCCCUCGCUUCUGACUGUGUUCGUUGUGGAUCGCCUCUGCCAGCCUUAGACUUCCUGCAUUCAGCUCCGCUUCUGUUUGCCAGGUCAACUGCGUGCAGCGGAUCCUUUUUGUCUGUGUCUGACGCGGUUCGGUUUGGAUUCCCACUCUUUGCUGCGGACCUUGUGCAGUUUGGCCCAGCUCUGCUUUUGCGGUCACUCGCUUGCCUUGGAAGUCCCGCAUCUGUCUCGGACUUCAUCGAGCCUGAGCUGCUGAUGUUCUUGCAAAGCUUCGCCCGUUUGGGUCUGUUUAUGCCCUCUUUCAGCCGUGUGAUGCCCGGCCCUUUCUUGUCAACUCUCGAUCCCGCUCAGUCCGACCCUGUGCCUUCCCCAAGGAGCUUUGCAAGACCCGAGUUGUCGGCUUCCGUCUAUGGCUUAACUCUUCUUGACCCCUUGCCGCCUGUGCUCGACCUCGUGCACACGGGCCUCCCAGCCUUACUGCGGACCUUUUCGCAAUUGGGUUCGCUGCCAUUUGUCUACGGACUGACGCUGCUCGACUUCUCCCCAUCGGUCCUGGACCCUCUUCACUUGGACUUCACGCCGCUUUUGCAGUCCCACAGUUGCUUGGGAUCGAGCUUCUUGGCCUUCAGCCGAUCGACUUCCGGCUCCCUUCUGCUGACUUCUGACCUCGUGGAGUCGGGACUGAUGCCUCCGCUGCGAAGCUUCAUGCGCUUGGACUUGACGUUGCCGAUUUAUGGCAUUGCUGAGCCAGGACUUUUCUUGUCUGCCUUGGAUUUCGUCCACACGGGUUCCUCGUGCUCACUACGCUCCCUCGCUCGACCCGAGCCUGCGUUGUCGGCCUAUGGCAUGACGACCUCGGGUAGUCUGCUGCCGGCGCUUGAUUCUUUGCGCUUGGGCUCCUUCAUGCUGCCCCGACACCUCGCCUGUUCGGGAUCUUCCUUUUCCGCCUACAGUCGGACACGGUUUGGGCUCACGCCGUCAGCCUUAGAUCUUCUGCACCUGGGCCUGGUUAUGUCCUUGAGAUCCCUUUCUCGAUCAGAUGCGGCCGUGUUGGCCUUGGACUUCCUGUACUUGGGCCCCACGGUGUCGGCGCAAUCCUUCAGCCGACUGGGCUUGGUUGCGUCAGUCUUGGACCUCUUGCACCCAGACCUGACGCCACCCUUGAGAUCUCGUUCAUGCUUUGGCUCCAUUUUGUCAGUGACAGUGGAGCUGGCUCCGUUGGUCCUGGACUUCUUGCGCCUGGGCUUCAAUCUGCUGCCUCGGGGCUUCUCGCACUUCGGCUCGAGUCUUCCUGUGUCCGGUCUGAGCUGUUCCGAGCUCUUGGCACCGGUGCUGGACUUGGCGAACAUGGGCUCCUUGCUCCCCCUGAGGUCCACGCUUCGUCUGGGCUCAAUGCUGCUUUCGUGCGGAAAGGCUUGCCCCGAGUUUCCCUUCUCUGCCCCUGACUUCGUGCAGCCAGGACUGCCGCUCUCGAUGAGAAGCUACUCGUGUCUUGAGCCUUGCGCGCCUGCCUCGAGCUUUGCGACCAUGGAUGUGUCACUCUCGCCUCGCAGCUUUUCUCAGUCGGGUGCUUCCCUGCCAGCCUUGGACUACUUGCGCUUGGGCAGCUUCCUGUUCCUUCAAAGCCUUGUGCAUGCGGGGCUUUCAAUGUUGUCGUUGGGGGAAGUUUGCUCGGGCUUCAUGCUUCCGGUGUCAGACUCUGUCCAGCUAGACACCUUGCCUCUCCUACGUAGCCUUUCGAGGACGGGAGUGCCUUCGUCGGUUUCGGACCAUGCGAGACCUGGCGUGCCCCCGCCAUCGCAAAGUUACGCAAGGCUCGAAGUCUCAGCGCCUGCUCUGGGGUUGAGUCGUCUAGGCUUCGUGUCCCCCCUGCCUGUCACUGAUGCUGUCGAGUUUGGCCUGAUGCUUUUCGUGCGAAGCCUUGUGCAUCUUGGGCCCAUCCCGCCGGUGCCCAGCCACGUGCGUUCGGGAAGCUUGCUGCCCACUCGAAGCACGGCCUGUGCCGACUCUGCAAUCCUUGUGCUGGACUCCUUGCAACUCGGAGCUCUCCCGUUGCUGCAAAGUAUGGCCUGCUGUGAUUCUGUUUUGCCAGUGCUGGACUUUCUCCACCUGGGACCAGCUCCUUUGCCCCAAAGUUCUGUCCACUUGGACCCUUCCAUGGCUGUUCUUUCCAGCACGAGGAUGGGCUCGACAUCGUCUGCUUCAGACUCCGUUCACUCAGGGAGCCCACUUUUCGUGCGAAGCCUGGCAUGGCCUGGCCUCUCACUGCCGGUCUCGGAUGUUGCUCAGCCUGGACCUUUGCUACUGCUUCGUUCGCAUGCAAGACUUGGGUCCAUGCUGCUCGCUCCUGGAUUGACCCGACUGGGCUUCGUAUUCUCUCUGCCUGUGAUAGAGCCUGCACAUUCCGAACCCAUGCCGCCUGUCAAGAGCUCUUCGCGACUCGAAGUCGCACUUCUCACAAUGGAUUUCGCACGCACGGGCCUGCUGACGUUGCCUCGCGCUCAUUCCCGCCUCGAGUUCUUCGUUUCGGCCAUGAGCAAUUGCAGGCUCGGUUCCAUCCUGCCUAUCUCGGACCUUGUCGAAUCAGGCUUCGCGCUUCUGCUCCGAAGCCUUGCUUGGUUGGGCUCCGUGGUGUUUGCGUCGGACUUCGCUCGAAUCGGCCUCUCGCUUUCGCUGCGCUCCUUGGCCAAGUUCGAAAGCUUGGCGUUCGUCUCUGGAGUUAGUCGACCUGAGGCGUCUUUGUCGGUUUUGGAUCGUGUCGGUUUUGACCUGGCCUUCUCUUUGAGAAGUCUUGCAUGUCCCGACCUGACCUUUUCGACAGCAGACUACAUUCGAUCGGGCUUUUUUCCGUUGCUGCGAUCUAUGUCCCGGCCGGGCCUUUUGUCUCCAGUAUUUGGAGAAGUGCGACUGGAGAGCUCACUACUUGCCUCAGAUUUCUUGCAGCUGGAGGCGGCGUUGCCUGUCCGUUCAUCCGUGCGCCCUGACCUGAACCUCCCGGUGCUGGAUUCUUUGAAGCCGGAGCUCUUCCUGCUUCUGCGUAGCUCUGCCAGGAUGGAUGCUUUGGUGUUUCCUCUCGGAGAGUGCCGUCCCGAGCUGCUGCUGCCUGUGCCAGACUUUCUGAACUUGGGUCCGUCUCUGUCUGUGCAAUCAGCCGUCCGGCUUGAAUUCAACCUGCCAGCCCUGGACUUUCUGCAUCUCGAGCCACCUCCGCUUCUGCAAGGCCUCAGUUGCCCCGGUGCUCCUUUGCCAGCACUGAAACUUGCUACGUUCGGAUUGUCGGCGCUGAUCCCUGACCUUACAGAGUUGGGCUUCGCGCCGUCACUGCGCAGCUUUGCACACCUGGGGUCUCCGCUUCUGGCACUUAGCCUCGGGCGUUCUGGCUUGUCUCCGCUCACACGAAGCCCCGUCCACAUGGGCUCCGUGCUUCCGGUGCUUGACUUUUUGCGUCCCGGCUUGCCGAUCUUGUCACGGUCCUCUGGUCGAGUGGGCUUGCUGACACUCGCCUUCAGUCGCGCAACCUGUGGCCCGUUGCUGCUGGCUCCGGAUUCUUUGGACCCAGGACCCUUGCCGCCGCUCAGAAGCUCUUCGCGACCUGAGUUCCUUCUGCCAGCUCCGGACUUCGCGAAACUGGGUCCGCUACCGCUGCCAAGGAGCUUCGGCCACCUGGACUUCACGGUGUUUGUGCCAGGCUUGACCCGGUCAGGCUUUGUAUCCUCGCCGUCGGCAACUGAGUGUGUGCAACUCGAUCUAUCAAUUUUCGCUCGAAGUCUCGGUCGCGUUGAAGUUGCGACGUCGACUUCGGAUUCCUUGCACCUCGGCUCGUUCUCGUCUCCGCGAUCCGUUUGCCGCAUUGAGCCGACAUCUUCCGCCUUCGGAGAGCUGCGUCUCGGCCUGGCCCUCUUGGCGCCGGAUUUCACGACCCUGGAGCUGCCUCCGUUGCCGCAAAGCAUGGCUCGCUUUGGCUUCACCAUGCCAGUGCUCGAUUCCCUGCAUUUGGGGUCGCUGCCAUCUCUGAGGUCCCGGCUGCAAGCGGGAGUCAUUCUGCCGGCAACGAGCAGCGUGCGCUUCGAGCCAACGCUCUCCGUCCCUGAUCCUGUGCGCUCAGAACCCAUGGUGUCGCCCCGGAGCCUUACUCGGCCGGGCUUGAUGUUGCUCGUCUCGGACUCCCUGAAACCUGGGUCGCCCUCGUCCAUGCAAAGUCACAGUCGCUUGGGUUUCGCAUCGUCCGUCUUCGGCAGGAUGCAGCUCGGGUCAACUCUGCUGGUGUCGGACGUCUGUGGCCCUGGUCUGGUGUUGCCUCUCCGAAGCGUGGCGUGUGCAUCCUUCACGGUCACCAGUGCAAUUCGCUCAGGGUUGUCCUCCAUGCAUUGUGGUCCAACGGCAUCGGUGCCAGAUCUUUUGCGUCUGGGAUUCUUGAUGCCGUUGCGUUCCCCCAGCUGUCUGGAGAGCUUUGUGUCGACCUAUCAGCUGGUUCGCUCUGACCCUGCUUUGUUGACUCCAGACCACUUGAGAUCAGACUCCUCGUUGCCUAUGCAAAGUCCUGCCAGACCGGGCCCUGCCUGCUUGAUCUGUGGGAUCACCCAGCUGGAAGCCAGCCUCUUGGUCCUGGACUCCGCGGACUUGGGCCCUGCGCCCUCGCUGCAAAGCCCUGCAUGUCCUGGCUUGGCCUUGUUGAUCCUCGAUUUUGCUAGGUCAGAGCCGAUCACAUCAAUCAGAAGCUACCUUUGCCCUGGCUCUGCACCCUCGGCCUUCUCGUCCUGUCGCCUGGGCUUCAGCCUGUUGGUGCCGGAUUUUGUGCACUUGGAAGCUGCAGUUUCUCCCAGAAGCCUUGCGCAUCCCGAGCCAGUGGUGCCUGCUCUGGGCUACUUCCGUCUCGAAUCCAUGAUGUCACCCAGCCUUUUGUGCGCUGAUCUGCUCCCUCCGGUCUCAGGCCUGAAUCGACCCGGCUUCGUGUUCUUGCUGCCUGCAACUGACACGGUCACUUUCGGGUCUUUGGUGCUAUUGCAAAGUCUUGCUUGGGCCGGGCCGGUGAUGUUGGUUCUCGACCUUCUGCACUCGGGCCCGUUGACUUCGUUGCAAAGUUGCGCGUGGAUGGGCCCCGCCGCCUUGGUUCCGGACUCCUUACACUCGGGCUUCUUGCUGAUUCCGCGAAACAUGGCAAGACUCGGCUUUCUUUCGCCUGUGCCGGGCAUUUCGCGCUUGGGCUCUCUGUCGUCGGCCCUGGACAUGGCAGUCCUGGGCUCUCUGAUGUCCUUGCGAAGUUCGUCCAGGCCAGGCUUGGCAGCUUUGGCACUGGACUCCUUACACUCGGGCUUGAUCACGCUGUCGAGAAGCCAUGGUAGGCUGGGUUUUGCCAUGUCUGUUUUGAGGCGUUGUGUGCUGGAGAGCCCUUUGACAGCUCUGGACUUCGCUCAUCUGGACGUGCCUGUGCUUGUGAGGAGCUUUGUCAGGAUGGACAGCCCGCUCCUCGUGUUGGACCACCUGCGAUCGGGCCCAACCCCACUGCCGCGAUCCUUUGCAUGCGUAAGCUUUGCCUCACCUGCCAUUGGAAUGACUUGCUUGGCUUCCGUCAUGUCGGUUUCGGAUGCUGUGCACCUUGGUCCGACGUUGUCUGCGCGAUCUUUUUCCCACAUUGGACUGGCUCUGCUGCCCAUGGACUACAUACAGAUGGGCCCAUUGAUGCCGUCGAAGAGCAUCGCAUGUUUGGAAGCCAGUGCUCCAGCUCUCGAUCUUCUCUGCCCGGGGUCGAUGCUGCUUGUGCAAUCCUCUGCUUGCAUGGGAUCGGUGCUGCCUGCCCUUGACUUUCUGCUCCUCGGGCCAAACUUGUCUGCUCAAAGCUUCGGUCGCUUAGGCUUCCUGGCAUCAGUUUCGGAUCUCAUGCAUCCCGAUUCCUUCAUUUUGCUGCGGAGCCCUUCGCAAAUGGAAGCUGCCCCGUCCUCAUCGGACCAUGCCGCAGUAGCGUCCUCCAUGCUCGUACGCAGCUUCGCACGCCUGGGACUGACCUUUCCCGCCGCAGGUCGCGCCAGGCCGGGCUUCCUUCUGCUGCUCUCGGACUUUACCAACCUUGGCUUUCCGGUUCCGGUGCGAAGCCGCGCUUGCUCGGGCCCUCCUUUGCCAGCCAUUGACUUCUUGAGCCCCGUGCCGCCAUUGCGCAGCCUCACGUAUCUGGGAUUCCUUCUGCCUGCAACCGACCUCGUGCAGACGGGCCCCACGCCGGCAAUCAGAAGCUUUGCGCGAUCGGAGGCCUUUGUACCGGUCUUGGACUAUCUGCGCCCGGAUGCCACGCCUUCGGCGCGCAGCAUGGCGCAGCUGGAAAGUGCCAUGUUGGUUUUCGGCGUGGGUCGUUCUGGCCUUAUUCUUUUGGUGCCGGAUUCCAUGCAGCCAGAAUUUCUGCUUUUGCUUCGCAGCUUUUGCAGGCUUGGACCCACUUUAUUGGUCUUGGACUUCUUGCGCUCGGAAAGCUCUCCUUUCGUGCGCUCUUACCUCAGAUCCGGCUUUCCUGUGCCUGCGACGGGGGUGACUCGGCCAGGUCUGCUAGCGUUUGUUUUGGACCUCGUGCAUCUUGGUCCGGCUUUGCCACUUCGAAGCACGGCCUGUCCUGAAGCCGCCUCGCCUGUACUGGACUUCUUGCACCCUGGGUCAAUGCUUCUGGUGCAAAGUCUCUCAAGUUCUGGCCUGCUGCCGUCACUGCGGAUGUUUGCGUGCUCUGGCAGUGCAUUUUUGGCGUGUGGGCUUUCUUGCGUGGGCCUUCCGUCGUUCGUUUUGGAUCUCGUGCUCCUGGGACCCGCUUUGUCGGCCCAAAGUUUGGGACGUUUGGACUUGGUCAUGCCUGUCUUGGACUUCUUGCACUUGGGUUUUGCCACCUUGGCGAGAAACCCUGCAAGAUCCGGCUUCCCCUUUCCUGCAUUUGGGGUGUCUCGUUGUGGCUCGUCCUCCCCUAUCCUUGACCUCACCUUCUUGGGCUCUCUGGCGCCUGUCCGAAGCUGUGCAUGCCCCGGCUUUCCUUUGCUGACUCCUGAUCUUAUGCACCUAGAGCUUCCGCUCUUGUCGCGAUCCUUGGGUCGACUUGAAAGCGCUGCGCCGACCUUUGGAAUGAGCAAGAUGGGCUUGAUGCCUCCAGUGCCCGACUACGCCCUCCCCGGCUCGCCAUCACCUCCACGAAGCUCUUCACAAAUGGAGCUAACCCCCUUGGUGUCGGACUCCCUGCAAUCAGGUUUUACCAUGCUGAUGCGAGCCUCUGCGCGAAUGGGUUUCCCUUUGUUUCCCUUCGGCCAAGUCUGGUUCGGCCCCUUUCUUCCGGUGCCAGAUCCUUCCGAUCUUGGCUUGGCUCUGCCUGCUCGAUGCCUUGCUAGCUUCGGCUUCGCCUCGUCCCUGCACAGCUUUGCCCACUUCGGCUCGGCGUCUUCACUGCUGGGCGUGGCGAACCUCGAAGCUUCAGCGCCAGCUUUGGACCAUGUCCUGCCAGAUCUCUUUCCGUUCACGUCUGGCAUCGCACGCUUCGGGGCAUCGAUGUUCAUUUUGGACUCUGUCGCAUGCGGCAGCCCGCCACCCCUGCGGCGUCCUGCCCGCGUUGGCCCAGCACCUCCAGCACUUGACUCCAUGCAGCCAGGAUCCAUGCUGCCACCAAGGAGCCUUGGCCGUGUGGAUGCGCCUUCGUUCGUCUUCGGGCUGACUUGCUGCGAUGCUUUGAUGCCACCUCUGGACCACAUGCUUGUAGACAGCGCCCUGCCUCUGCACAGCUUCGCACGGGCAGGAUUAGCUUCUUCUGCCCUUGGAAUCGCUCGGCUGGCUUUCCCGCCCUCAGCAUCGGACCUUGCUCAUCCCGAACCUCCCCUGCUGACGCAAAGCUUCGCAAGGACCGGGUCUGCGGUUCCAAUUCUUGACCUCCUUCACCUCGGGCUGUCGCUAUCGGCCCAAAGCCUUUCGAGCUCUGGAUCCUUGAUGUUGCCGCGGAGCGUUGCCCGGUUCGGGUCAUGUUCCUCGGCCUUCGGGCUUGCACGCUGUGGCGUGUCCUCCUUCGUGCCGGAACACGCGUUCCUGGGUUUGCCAUUAUCUUCGAGAUCAAUGGGACAAUCGGGCUCGGCUCCUUCCGUUCCGGACUCUUUGGAACCGGGUUUUCCGCCCUCACCUCGAAGCCUGGCUCGGCUUGGAUUCGUGUCGUCGGCAACGGGCAUCGGGUGCCCAGGGUCUUCCCUGCCGGCACUGGACUCCGCGGACUUGGAAGCGAGCUCAUCUUCACGCAGCAUGUCUUGCUUGGGUUUAGGUUUGCUCGCUUUGGACUUCUUGCAUUCGGGGCCACUGCUUCCUCUUCGUUCUUCUGCCAGAUUCGGCCCGGUCAUGCUGGCCUCUGGCAUCGGAUGUGUGGAAGCAUCGCCGCCUGUGCUGGACCAUGCUUUCCUGGGCUUUUCCGUCCCACUGCGAUCCCCUUCACGCCCCGAGCCUGCGGUGCCAAUUCUGGACACCUUGCAUCUGGGCUCCAUGAUGCUGUCACAUCACCUCGCCCGCUUGGACCUGCUGCUGCCUGUCUCCGGCUGUAGCUGCUUCGGCCUUCCCUUGUUGCUUCUAGAUCUCAGCCUCCUUGGGUUGUCGGCAUCACCUCGAAGCCAUGCUCAAACAGGCCUGGCUCCUCUGGCUCCGGACUCCUUGCACUUGGGCUCAUCGAUGUUCCUCCGGAGCCACAUCAAGGUUGGAUCAGCUGUCUCGGUUUUCUCGCGCCUUCGCUUUGAUUCGAGCCUGUCUGUCUUGGACUUCACACACUCUGACGCAUCGCCUUUGCUGCACAGCUCCGCAUGUGGCGGCCUGGCCUCACCAGCUUCCGGCAUGUUCCGCACAGGCUUUCUGCCUCUUUUGUCAGACUACGCACUCCUGGGCUCGGCGGUGUUGCUCUUCGAUGCCUGCGAGAUCCCUCGCAUGAACGGGCUUGGUGGUAUCUGCAUCGGACUUCUUGUGCAGCCAGAGUCGACUCUCUCUGCCUUGGAUUCUGCCCAAAUGGAGCUGGCCUUGCCGCCGCGCAGCUUUUGCCGUGCGGGUCCUGCGAGCUCCUUGCAGCUUGGAGUGUUGACGUCAGCCUUAGAUCACGCCAGCCCUGCACGCCCGGGCCCUGCGCCCUCUGCUCCCGACUUUCUGCAUCCCGGAAGCGUCACGCUGCUGCGCAGCCUCCUUCGAAUCGGCCCCUCCUCUUUUCUCUUCCAAUCGUCUCGCCUCGGUCUCUCCACUUCAACCUUGGACUGCUGCGAGACAGAUCCUUCCAUGCCACUGCGCAGCCCUGGAUGCCUCGGCACGGCUCUGCCAGCCUCCUCUUGCGUGCGUGUGGAGCCGCUGCUGCUGCCGCCAGACUUCGCGCUUCUCGGCUCGACGGCCUUUCUUCGAAGCCUUGCACGGUCAGGGCUUGCUGCGCCUGUUCUUGACUUUCUGCGGCUUGACCUCCUGCUGUCCCUUCGGGCCCCUUUGCCAACGCGCAGCCUUUCCAAGCCAGACUUGCCAUCGCCCGCGACGGAUCUUGGGCAUUCGGGCCCCACGUCAUCUGCGCGGUCGCAUGUGCGAUGUGGCUUCACGAUGCUGAUCUUGGACUUUCUUGAGCUGGGGCCAUCGUUGUCACUCCGUAGCUUUGCUCGUUCUGGCUCUGCAUUUCUCGCUUCAGGCAUCGGCCGUGUUGGGCUACCCUCGCUGACUCUGGAUUUUGCACAAGUCGGCCCUUCACCUCUGACUCGAAGUUCUACUCAGCUGGACGUCGCAGCUUUUGCUUCGGAUCUUCUGCAUUUGGGGCCUUCCAUGCUUCCCAGGAGCCAUGCCAGGAUUGACCUGGCGUCUUCGGCCUUCGGGUUCGCGAAAGCCGGACUUAUGGCGCUGCCCUUGGACCCUGUUCAUAUCGGCAGUACGCUGCUGAUUCGAAGCCGGCCACGCUCGUCCGGAUGUCGCUACGUCGGCUCUCGACCUUGUGACCUGCUAGGUACAUCCGGGACCAACGACAGCAAUCAGAAGCUUCUGCUGCCUGGGUACGGUCGUGCUCGCCAGCUCCCCAGCGACCCAGCGACCCAUGGAAGACUUGAUGCUGCCGUGUCGACCUUCGGUGUGGCUUGCAUGGGCCUCUUCGUGCUGACAUCAGAUCAUGUCUACGUUGGUUCUCUUGCUUUGCCACGCAGCUUCACAAGACUAGGCAGUGCUCCGUCAGCGCUUGACUCCUUAGUCCUCGGCUUCACGCUGCUGAUCAGAUCGCCUGCUUGCCUUGAAAGCUCUGUACUGGUUUUCAGCAGAGCUACACCUGACUCACCCACACUUGUCUUGGACCUUGCGAUUCCUGGCCUGUCUGUCCUGACUCGUAGUCUCGCGAGACUUGGCCUUGCUAUGCUGGUCUUGGAUCCUAUCCAUACGGAGCUGUUGGUUUUUGUCCGAUCACUCGCAUGUCUUGACGCCACGAUGCUCGCGUCGAAUCUUGUGCAUUCAGAAUUCGCUCUGCUUAUGCAAUCCUUUGCAUGUGCCGAUGUGUCAGCGCUUGUCCCGGACUUCGCCCACUCAGAGCCGAUCACUUCUCCUCAAAGCGUCGCUUGUACGGAUUCUGUGGUGCUUUCGCCUGAUUUCGUUCAUUCCGAGCCUGUGCUGCCGGUGCAAAGCUCUGUUCGGUUGGAUGCAAGCGCGUCUUCGAUAGAUUACGCGCACUCCGGAUCCAUCUCGCUGAUCAGAAGCCCUUCAUGCCCCGCCUUGCUGCUGCUGGCAAUGGAUUCUGGACAUCCAGGGCCUUCCUUAUCAUUGCGCAGCUUCGGUUGCGUGGGCUUCGCCCCUCCGACUUCUGGCCAGGUCCGGAUGAGUUUGUCGCUUUUAGUGCCGGACUCUGUGAACUCAGAGGUGGUCUUGUCGCCGCACAGUUUUGCACGCCUUGACGUGGUUACGUCAGCGACAGACUCUGCAAAACUGGGAUCUUCCCUUUCCCUCCGGUCUUCUGCGCAACCCGAGCUCGCCAUGAUUGCCUUUGGCAUCGUCUGGGCUGGUUUCGUUUCGUCGGCGUCGGACUACAUUCACAUCGGCCUCUUGAUGCCGGUUCGUAGCCUUGCUCGAAUGGAAAGUGCCGUGUUGGCUUUGGACUCCUUGCACACGGGCCUUCUGCCGUCUUCGAAGAGCUUCUGCCGCUGUGGUUCUUCGGUUUUGGCCUUCGGGGCCUCAAGGACCGGCACGUUUUUGCCCCCUUCGGACUCCGCGAAUUUGGGGUCUUCGGCAUCUUUGCGGAGCUCGAGCUGCACGGGAGCGGCACCCUCGGCCUCGGAUUUUUUGCACCUGGGCCCGGCUUCGCCUUCGCACUCCCUCGGCUGUGCGGGUUUGGCACCUUCGGCAUUCGGCUUGGCACGUAUGGACGCCUUCGCAUCGAUCUUGGACCAUGUGCAGGCUGGGCCAGUGCCUUUCUCGAGAAGUGUGGCAAGGUCAGAUGCCUCCGCUCUUGCCCUUGACUUUGUGAACUUUGGUUUCAGCACAUCUGCACGAAGUUCCGGCCAACCAGGUCCGCUGCUUUCCACACCAGACCGUCUGCACCUGGGCUUGCCUUUGUUGCUGAGGAGCUCGGGACGGCUCGGACUUGCUUUCCCUGCGUACGGAGGAGCAUGCUACGGACCCACGCCUCCUGCGCGCAGCCUUGUGACGCUUGGCUCCUCCUCCCUUCCCUUUGCCACUGGUCGGCCGGGUUUCCUGCCGUUUGCCCUGGAUCUUGCUCUCCUUGGCUCCUCCACUCUGAUCAAGAGCCCUGCAUACACGGGCUUUGCCUUGUUUGUCUUGGAUUUCUUGCACAUGGGAUUGGCCUUCCCGACCCGAGCAUCCACACAAACGGGCCUGGCCUUCCCGAUUUUCGGGCAAGCGCAAUGUGAUCUGUUUCUGCUGGCACCGGACCUCGCUGAACUCGGCCCUGCCCUGCCAGUGCAAAGUCUCGCAAGGCUUGGCUUUGCCAUGCCAACCUUCGACUGCCUCCGCUCAGGGCCUACAAUGCCUCUGAGGCUUGGCAGUGCCUGCGUCAGGCUGCACUUGCUUGGGCUUCUCUCUGCCAGUGUUGGUCUGGCCGCUUUUGCACCCGACUUUUUGCACUCGGGGCCAGCUUUGCCUGUUCGCUCCCCGGUCCGCUCGGGCGUUUCGCUGUCGGCCAUCGACCUCCUGCACUCGGGCUCCUCGAUGCCGCUGCAAAGCCUCGCCCGCCUCGGCCCCGCGUCUUUCGCCUCCGGCCUAACGCACGCGGGGCCGCUUUUGCCGGCACCGGAUUCCGCACACCUCGAGCUCAUGCUUCUCGCACACAGCUUCGCUCGUCUGGGCCUUGCAGCGUUUGUUCUAGAUUUCCUCCAGCUCGAAAGCCUCCUGUCCUUGCACAGCCCUGUGCACCUGGGCCUGUCUCUCCCCGCUCUGGAUCUGCUUGAGUCGGAUGUUCUCAUGCCUCUCCAAUCCUUCGCCAGGCCCGACCCGGCUGUUCCGAUCUGUGGCAUCUCUCGAUCCGGCUCUCCGCUCCUUGCCCCAGACCAUGUCCAGCUCGGCUCGCCCCUGCCAGUGCGGAGCCUUGCAUGCACGGGUUCCGCCAUGCCGACCCUCGACACAUUGCUUCCUGGCUUCACAAUGCUUCCACAAAGCUCCUCCAGGCCUGAUCUUCCAAUGCCCAUGCCCGGCCUGGCUUGCAUGGGACUCGUCUUCUUCUUGCCAGUGGUAAGCUUUGCUCUGCCUGAACCUCCUGUUCUCUUACGAAGCUUGGCUUGUGCAGAAUCUGCCCCCUCCGCCUUGGACUCCCUGCAUCUCGGAAGUUCGCCUUUGCCAAGGAGCCGUGGACGUUCGGGGGCUGCAGCGUCUGCAUUGGACUCCCUGGAGCUGGGUUUGGCCUUGCCUUUGCGCAGCUCCGCUAAGGCGGGGGCUUCCUCGCCCGUACCCGACUCUAUCCACGCGGCUUCUUCCGCGUCGGUCCACAGCGUUGCCUGCUUGGUGAGGACGGGUUCUCCGAUGCCUUUGCCGGACUUCGCCAUUCUCGGUCUGCCUCCGCUUGUACAAAGUUGCGCUUGGCUCGGUGCCGCCCUGCUUGUUUUGGAUCUCGGGCAUAUCGAUCUUCCCCUUUCAUUGCAGAACCUCUUCAGAGCAGAUUUGCUGACAUCAGUGUCCGGCUGCAGUUGGGUGGAGGCCUCGUCACCAGCUCCCGACCUCGCGCUUCCCGAGCCCUCGGCGUUGCUACGUAGCCUCGCAUGUUCAGGCAUCGUAUCGCCAGCAUCGGACUCCCUGCACCUGGAGCCCGCGCCGUCUCUGCAUUCAUUCACCCACCUCGCCUUGCCAGCGCCCAUCCCGGACCUCCUGCACCCGGGACCCUUGCCUCUACUUCAAAACAUUGGGCAUGUCGAUUCUGCCCCUUUGCUGGUUGGAGUUAGUCGCCUGGACGUGUCGCCUCCCGUCUCAGACUCUGUCCAUUUGGGGCCGCUCAUGCCCCUUCAAAGCUCGGCCUGCAUUGAGUCUGCUGUGCCAGCAUCGGACACCCUGAAGCUGGGAUCGUCUUUAUCACUGCGCAACCUCGCUAGGUUGGGAUUUGUGGUGCCGUCACUGGACCUUGUUCACUUCGGCCCCCUUCUGUCUCUGCGAAACCAUCUGCACGUUGGGCCGAUGACAUUGCUCUUCGGGCAAGGUCGAUCUGAUCUAUCGCCUGCUCGACCUGACAGCUUCUCUUUGCUUCUGGACCUGGCCAUCUCUGGGUUACCGGCCCUCGCGCAAAACUCUGCUCAACCGGAGUUUGCAUCUUUAGCCUGUGGGCUUGUCUGUUUUGACCUUACGUCACCUGUACCAGACUUUGCCGAGCUUGGCUUGCCGGUGACUCCUCGCAGCCUUGCCAGACUGGGCCCCGUACCGGUGGCAUGUGGCCGCACUCAGCUUGAUCCGUUGCUGCUUGCACCGGACCUCGUGCAUCCUGGCUCCUUGACAUUGUCGCAAGCCUCUGCACGCCUUGCAGCAUCGAUGCCGGCACUCGACUUCGUCCAGCCCGACCUACCCUCGACGCUGCGAAACCCUUUCUGCUUGGGUAGCAUCGUGCCAAUGCCAGGAUUGUCUUGCCCAGGCUUCUGUUUUGUUCUGCCGGUUACAAGCAGCACGCUCCUGGGCUCACCACCGCCAGCGCAAAGCUGCACUCGCUUGGCAUUUUUGCUGCCAGCUCUUGAUUUUGCUCACGCGGACUUGCUGCUUCUGCCCCAUAGCUCAGGCAAGCUGGAGUUGCCACUGCUUGUUUCCGGCAUUUCUCGAUUUGAGUUGAGCCCACCAGUGCUUGACCCAUUGCACCUCGGCGUGGUCAUGCCGGGUCGCCUGUCUUUGUGCGAAGCCUUGCUUGUCUGGGUCCGUCCUGGGGUGUUUGUUUUGGAUUUCUCGCACAUCGAGCUAGCGUCUUCCAUGCAAUCGCUCUCCCGCGCUGGCCCGACAGUGUUGAUCCCUGGCUUGUCUCGGGCAGGCUCCGUCUUCGCGCUGCCAGUGACAAGUAGCACCACCUUGGGAUCCGCGCCGCCGCUUCAAUCAGCCUGCAGAAUCGGCUUCGCGCCUUUAGCUUCAGACUUCCUCCACAUGGGACUUGCGAUUCUGACGAGGGUUUAUUCGCACCCCGGAUCUUCCGUCCCAGCCUUUGGCCGGGCCAGACCUGGCCUUAGUCUCCCGGUCUCGGGCUUUGCACAUCUGGCCCUGUCCUCGUUUUCGCGAUCUUCCGGGCGGUCGGGGUCUCCUGCACCAGCACUUGGCCUCGCAAAGCUGGGGCUUCUGGCGUUCCCUCGGAGCAUGUGCAGGGCAGGCUCGAGUGUGGCCUUGCUUGGACUGUCAAGAGUGGGCCUUGUCUCCUCCAUGAGCGUGAUUGCGUUUGCGCACUUUGGGCCUCUGCUGCUCGCCAGAAGCCGGGCUCAAGUGGGACCCUCAUCGCCGGUGCUUGAUUCCUUGGACCCAGGGCCCUUGUCACCACUGCGGUCUGCAGCGCGCCUGGGUUUGUCAUCGUUUGCUUUGGAUUUCCUCCACAUGGAGCUGUUGGUGUCGCUGAGAACCCCCUCGUGUGCAGGCUCAAUUCCUUUAGCCUUUGGACUCUCGUGCAUCGGCCUCGUUUUCUCGCUGUCUUUGGCCGACUUUGCGCGGAUGGACCCUUUGGUUCCUCCCAGAAGUACGGCUCAAACCGGCCUUCCCUCGUUGGCCCCGGACUUUUUGCAUCCGGGCCCGGCGCUACCGCCACAAAGUUAUUCUUGUCUUGGGUCGCUGAUGCUGAUGCCGGGAGCUCAGUGGACGGAAGGGGAGGUCGUCGCCAGUGCGCAAUUGGGCUCUGUCCUUUUGCUUCAAAGCACGGCACGAACUGGCUCGACUCUUCCAGUGUUCGAUCUCCUGAUGGCGGACAGCUCGAUGUUGUUGCACAGUGCCGGCCCCGGAGAAGCAAGACAGAGAGGCGAGAAGGGGAAGGGAAGUGUCAGCUUGAGCCAUCUUGGCUCGGCGUCCGUGGCCUGUGGCAUCAGCAAAUUGGGGUUUUUGCCAUCUGCCUUGGGUUCUAUGCAUUUGGGAUCCCCGGCGCCAGCAAAGAGCUCGGCUCACCUCGGAUUGGUUGCGCUGAUCUUGGACCGCCUGAAGUUGGGAUCACCUCUUCCUCUCCAAAGCUUCGUCCAAGUCGGCUUUCCGGUUUUCCCGGUUGGUCUCUCACGGCCUGGCUUUGUCUCCUCUUUGUCAGUGGCAGAGAGUGCAACUCCUGGCCCAGCGGUCUUUGCAAGGAGCUUCUGCCGAACCGGCCUCGUCUUGUUGGUGCCUGACCCUUUACAUCUUGGCCCACCGCUGCCAUCGCACAGCACGGCACAUCUCGGCAGUCGGGCUUUCUUACAGGGCUUGGCUUGUUCCGGCUCCGUGUCCCUGCUGCCAGUGGUCGCCUGCGCACAUUCAGGCUCUGUUCUGCUGCUGCACAGCAUCGGGUGCCCUGGGAGCUCGAUUCUGGCUCUUGCCUUUGGAGCUGCCCUAUUCGCACCCGGUGGGGCUCGAAUGGAUUCCUCUGUGCCAACCCUUGAGUCUUGUCAUCUUGACAUGCCUUUGUCACCCCGCAGCUUAGCUCGGGUUGACUUCUUGACGUUGGUCUUGGAUUUGCUGUACAUGGGCUCGCCAAUGUCGCUGAGAAGCUUUUCACACCUGGGCCUCACGCCUUCCAUCUUCGGGCUGGCUCGUUCGGGCUUGGUCUCCCUGCUGCCCGCCAUCAGCGUCGCCAAGUUGGGCUCCCCACCGCCCCUGCAAUCGCGCGGCUACGCCGGCUUCGCAUCACCCGCACCUGACUCCCUUGCUCUAGGUUUCCUGCUGUCGCUGCAAAGUCCUGCGCGCACGAGCUCCUCUCUUCCAGUCUUCGGAACGUCAUGUUCUGACCUUCUACCUUCGGCACUGGACUUCUCGAGUCCCGGGUUCGUGAUGUUUCUGAGGUCCAUGUCCCAGCCUGGCCUUUCCCUUUUGGUGCUGGACCUUCUUCAUCCAGACCCGCCCCUCUCGUCGCAGUCCCCUGCCUGCUCUGGAUUGGUGGCUUUGGCGUUGAGUUGCACACAACCCGAAGCAUCCUUGUUGACCUUGGACCCUGCACAAACGGGCCCUUCAACUUCAGCUCGAAGUCGGGGGCAUUCGGGCCUUGCUGUGCCGACCUUUGACUUGCUGAGGCCUGGGUCAGCGCCCUUUCUUCGGAGCUACAAACGUUGCGGCUCGACUCUCUUCGUCUUUGGCAUCGCCCGGUCGGGCUCUGUGUUCUUCCUGCCCGUGACCGAGACAAGCCACCUGGGAAGCGUCCCGCCACUGCGAUCCUGCGCGUCGCAUGCCAGGCUCGGGUCCUUCUUGUCGGUCUUUGACCUUCUGAUGCCGGGCUUUCCGACGCCCAUGCAAACGUUUGCAAGGCUUGAUCCUUCGGUGUCUGCUUCCGACUUUCUUACUCCCGGAUCUCUCGUGCCACUUCGAGGAUGUGCCAGGACAGGUCUUGUGAUGCUCGCUGUGGGAAGCGCUCGCUUUGGCCUUUUCCUGUCCGUCUUGGACUGCGUCGAGUCCGGGUCGUCCGCACCCUUCCGAAGCUUCGCUCAAGUGGGAUCGGUCUUGCCGGCUUUGGACUUCUUGGGUGGCGAGAUUGGGGCCGAGCUUUCUGGUUCCGAGCUGUGUUCCCCUGGACUUGUCUCCUUCCUUGAGAUCCUGUUCUCGUCCGGGCUCUGCGGCACCUGUUUCGCUCAUUUGGGGUCCGCUGCGUUUGUCCUGAACCUCGCGCAUGUGGGACUCGCAGUGUUCCUGAAGCGGCACUCAAGGACCGGCUGUGCUGGUGCCAAAUCCUGCUCACAUGGAGUCUUCGAUGUGCUCAGCGCAUUUGGAGCCUGCUGUGCUUGCCGUCGGCUUAUCUUGAUUUGGUGCAUUGAUGUUAGCCCUGAGCUUGACCUAUUCCUGCCAGCAGUGGACCUCUUGCAGCUGGGCUUUGCCCUUUUGGUUCACAGCUUCGCCAGAUGCGGUCCAGCUUCGUUGAUGACAAACUACUGCCGUGCUGGAUCAUCCCUGUUGCCUCGGCAGUACCUUCGCACAGGAUUCUUGGCUCUGGCCGCAGGCUUGGCGCGCGCUGGCUUGGUGUUCAGCCUUUCAGUGGUUAACACGGUUCACCUCGACUUGCUCAUGCCAUUACAAAGCCUUGCUUGCCUUGACCCUACGCUCUCGGCAUCGAGGGAAACUCACCCAGAACCAUCAACUCCCUCGCAAAGCCUAUCGCGUGUGGCGUCUUCUCUCUCAGCUGCUUCAUUUGUCAAAGUGGACUCCCUUAUUCCAUUGCGACAGUUUGCCUGA